AUGCCUAGUUGUGUUUCUCUCCCCAAUAUGCUAUCGGAAUUUGAAAUCCUGCACACUUGGGACAGCAGUCCUGUAAAUCAUGACCCUAUUAGGAUCGUCUUCUCUCCUGGUGUUGAAGGGCUUAAAAUGCAGGUUUCUUCUCCGUUCUUCAAUGACCCAAAAGCCCCAACAGGACCACCUGGACAGCCCUUCCCUGGGCUCUGGGAUUAUGAAGUUGUGGAGUCCUUCUUUCUUGAUAGUACUACAGACAAUUACUUAGAGGUGGAGGUUUGUCCACAUGGUCAGCACUUGAUAUUACUGCUGUCUGGGGUCCGCCAAGCAUUCCAGCAACAACUACCGAUGGUUUUUAAUGCUACAAUAGCUGGAGACAGAUGGACGGGUGAGGCUCUACUUCCCUGGAUUUACUUUCCCCCAAAUGUCAACAAGAUGAACACUUACGCCAUUCAUGGCUCUGGAGAGAAGCGCACCUAUGAAGCACUCUACCCAAUUCCCGAAGAUGAGAUAAUCGAGGAACAAAAGCCAAACUUCCACGCCCUGAAAUAUUUUGGUGAUUUUCACCUUCAAAGCAUCAUGGGGGACGGUUGGGAGCAGCCAGAGUCUGAUCUAUGGAAGGGGAAACCCUAA